UCGGCGCGACCGGCUUGCCGUCUUAGAACCAUGGCCCAGUUUGUCCGUAACCUCACAGAGAAGGCCCCGGCGCUGGUCAGCGCUGCUGUGACUUACUUGAAGCCUCGAUUGGCCACAUUUUGGCAUUAUGCCAAGGUUGAGCUGGUUCCUCCAACCCCUGCUGAGAUCCCUACAUCUAUUCAGAGCUUGACAAAAAUUAUCAACAGUGCUCAAACUGGUAGCUUCAAACAGCUUACAGUUAAGGAAGCUCUACUGAAUGGUUUGGUGGCCACUGAGGUGUGGAUGUGGUUUUAUGUUGGCGAGAUCAUAGGCAAGCGUGGCAUCAUUGGCUAUAAUGUUUGAAGACCAAUCUUUGCUCUGUUAUUUGGGCGUUCUUGAACCGUGUGUGAGCAGACUGCUAUUUGAAUAAAAUAAGACAAUGUGUCAAAAAAA